UGGAUCUGCUGGAGGGUUGAGCAUCGGGCACGUCUUCGGCGGCUGUGGCAGGCGUCACGCUGUGGACGCGAAACGAUUCUCUGAGAUGGACGUUUGCGGCUGUGGGCACGGUCUACGCGAAGAAGAGAUCGACGCGGUGGCGAUGGUGGUGACUGCCGUCGUCGUCAACACGAUGAGCGGCAUGUCGUCGUCCUCACGCGACAUGCUGACGCAGCUCUGUAAAAGAAAAGCGCUGUUGCAGAGCAUUGCCGAAGCGCCGGAUUGCGCGUACCCCGAUGCGAUAAAGUGGCCAGUGAGCCGUAGACGUGUGCAGAUUCUGCGCGCUUUCCGUGACAAGGGUUUCCCGAGCUGCUUCGGCGCAAUCGACUGCACACACAUCUACAUUGACAAGCCCGCCGGCGCACCUUUGGAGAACUACUACGACUGCAAACAGAAGUUUUCUGUGCAGGCGCAGGUGGUGGUGGAUUUGGAUAUGCGGAUCCUCGACGUCCACGUCGGAUACCCGGGAAGUGUGCACGACGCCCGUGUCCUGCACAAUUCCCAAUUGUGGAGGCGUGCAGAAGUUGGCGAGCUCUUCGACGCACCUCCGGAGAAUCUCCCGCACGGUGUCGUCACGCAAGGUUACCUGCUGGGCGACAACGGUUAUCCAGUCACUUGUCCAUGGAUCGUGCAGCCGUACGGAGGAAUCGACCAAGCUCCUGACGAGGAGCGCUUCGACACGGGGCAGAAGGUGGCGCGGGGGUGUGUGGAGAGGGCAUUCGGGCGAUUGAAGUGCAUGUGGUGUCUGUUCUUACGCACCCACAAGACGAACCUGGACACCUUGCCAAAGCAAUUCGUGGCCGUGUGCACUCUCCACAACAUCCUCCUUGACGCGGGGAUCGACUUCGAUGAGAACCUUUUGUGGGAGGUGGAUGAGAACGGCGUUCGGCGUAGAGUAGACUUGGGUAUUGUGGGGAAUGGCGCGGGCGGGCAGCGACGGAGCACGGACGUGGACGGGGACUUGUUGCGGGAUGCACUUCGAGACCGCCUAGCUCUGAUGUAGGACCGUGCGGGGGGGGGGGAAGCGGGAGGACGUGGGUUGGUGCGAUCGGUAGGCGGGAGGAAUUGUGACGUGGCCCGUGUCCAUGG